AUGCCUGCCACCCAGCCCACCCCGCCCGACUCCAUCAACACGUCCAAACUGAGCGAGCCCAUCACAAUGUCCGCAGAUCAAAAAUCCGCAUCCAGCUCCAGCUCCACAGAAGCCAGCACCGCAGAAGCCAGCGCCAAGAAUGCAAACGACAUGGAAGCCAUGACCUCAGAAGCCCUUAACCCAGAGGCCAAGCCCGUAAAAGCAAGCAGCGAUACUACAGAAGCCAGCACCGACACUGCAGAAGCCAGCACCGGCAGCACGCCAGCCACCACCCACGUCCCCACCGCCCCAAGCCCCAACACCCCAGCCGCCCAACCCACCGCCCCUCCCCUCCCACCUCUACCCCCCUUCCUCCUCCGCCCAGCCCAGGGACCCAAAAUCACCCAACCCCUCCCUCACCCACCCUUGCACCCCAUCCCGGCACAACCCACCCAGCCAACCCCCGACACAGACGACACGUCCUUCAACCUCACCCUCGACCUCAACCUCGACUUCACCGACGCCGGGGAACUCACACACUGCCCCUUCGACCCCACGCUGGCCCCGGACUAUGUCUGGGCGCCGGGCGAGAAGGAGGCCGAGGAGAAGCGGUGGGCGGCGCUGAGCAGGGAUGCUCUGAGGGGGAUUAGGCGGGAUUUCGGGUUGGGCGAGGGGGCGAAACUGUGA